AUGACCUCGAGAACUCCACGGUGGGCCAUCCCCGUAGGCAUUAGUCUAGGCGUCCCAUUUGGUCUCUAUCUGCUCUUCAUCUUACUAGGCGCCUUUCCUUUUUUUCAAAGACACUUUUUGUACUGUCAUCGAAUUAAUACGUUGUUCUGGCAUGACUUAAAUAAACCAGAGUAUUGGGGGUUCGCUAGGAACCAAGUAACGCCUUUCUCUCUAAGUACCGCUGAUGGAGAGAGCAUCUACGCGUGGCAUAUUCUACCUCUUACAGCCUAUUUGAAGCACGAGGACAAGCUCCAGGCUCAACAACGAGGCUACUCGAACGAUAUUACCAAGACGGCAUCAUUUAAGCUACUCAAAGAGGACCCCGAUGCUCGCAUUGUAAUAUAUUUUCAUGGGAACGGUGGCCAUGUUGCCCAGGGAUACCGCCCCGACAGUUAUCACACCCUGACUGAUUCGUCACAUUACCAUGUUCUGGCCAUUGAUUACCGUGGCUUUGGUAAAUCUACCGGUACGCCAUCAGAGGCAGGGCUAAUCCACGACGGUAUUGCUGCCGUGGAUUGGGCAAUGCAAGUGGCGGAUAUCCCAGCCAGCCGAAUAGUCAUAAUGGGCCAUAGCCUUGGGACGGCUGUUACAAGCGGCGUCGCAGAACAUUUCGCUAUGCAAGGAAUCGAAUUCGCGGGUAUAAUUCUCAUUGCCGGGUUCUCGGACCUGCCAACUCUUCUUUCCUCAUAUUCAGCAGCGGGUUUUAUCCCGGUGCUUUCGCUGCUUCGCCCAAUCCCACCGGUCCUCCGGUUCUUCCAAAACUUUAUCGUGGAUAAGUGGAAGUCGGCAGACCGACUUGCCCAUGUGGUGAGAUUAACACGAACAAGGCUACGACUGACUUUUAUCCAUGCCAAGAAUGACAUAGCGGUACCAUCUCAUGAGAGCGAUGCGUUAUUCAAAUCGGCGGCUAGCGCUACCACUGGAGAAGACUUGGACAACGACAACUUUUUAUCAUGGAAAGAACAGCGAACCCUACACAGAGAUGAUGAGACAUUUACGACGGUUGCCAAAGCUGGACCAGAUAUUAUCAUCAGGGAAGAACUUGUGUCGUAUAGUGGACACAACGAAGUAAUGGUGUCCUCAUCAGUCUCGCUCGCCGUUAUGAGAUCGUUUGAGCUCAAUGCUAUAAGUAUUUAG